UUUAAUUUAAAUUUGAUGAUAAAGCAGGGUAUGCUUUAGGGUGUGACUACGUUGUGAUUGGCAAGUUGCUACCAUGGCGACAAUGUCAGUUAGGUAACGUAAACAUGGCGCAACCACGGAUUCACAGAGCAGCCAUAACACUCGCUAUGUCAGUGUGUUUUCAGGUCAUGAAAGUUAAUUGAAACAUUUAUGUCACCUAAAAAGUCCUGUUCAGCGCUUGGUUGUACUUAAAGACCCUCUCAGGAGUCGGAUGUUCAGUUUUUCUGGAUGACAAUGCCCCAAUUCACAGAGCAUGAGGGGUCACUAAAUGGUUCGAUGAGUACGAAGAUGAUGUGAAUCAUAUGCUAUGGCCUUCACAGUCACCAGAUCUCAACUCAACUGAACACCUAUAGGAGAUUUUGGACUGAAGUGUUAGUGUUGAACAGGUGUUCUUCAGCCUUGGCAUUGAUUCAACAAGUCUCUGAACUCUUCUGGAGGUAUGAACACCAACAACUUGGUGUUUUUAACCUUUGGUAUUUGUACAGAUUAAUCAAACAAGGUAUAAUUUGUUAAUUAGUGAGUUUUAGAGAUGCUUGAUGGCAGUUUGUUUUCUGUUUGUUUGUUUUUUAACCUUUGGCUAGCUGUUUUCUCCUGCUUCCAAACUUUAUUCUAAGCUAGGCUAACCAUCUUCAGGCUGUAGCUUUAACUUUAACACACAGAUAUGAGAGUGGUGCUGAUCUUCUCAUCUAACUCUCAGCAAGAGAGAGAAUCAGUAGUUUUCCAAAAAUGUCAGACUAGUCCUUUAUGAGUAUCAUUCUGCUCAUACAGAUUGUCAGAUCUCCAGGCCUACGUCAUCCAAACUGCACAGACAGAAAACUACUCUAUUAUAUGUUAUGUUACUUCCACUGUGUGGUGCUAGAGCUCCACUAAUAUUAAUAUUACUCUACUUGACUCCCCCUUGUCUUGACCACCCUAUAUAUUUGGUACUGCAUUAGUCUAAUGUAGUGAAGUCAUACUGGCACCUCUAUAACAAUGUCUCAGAACACCUGGACCAUUUUAAAUCUGUACAAAUAUUGAUGUAGGGUGUGACUGCACAUAAUGAUCUAUUGUGGUGAAGUGGUUGUAAAUGCUGUAGUACGUGACUAAAACACAAAGCUCAGCAGCGGACAAUAACAAGAAAACACAAGCUGGAGCAGCAUCAAAUCUAACUGGAAGGUAUACUACACAGAAAGGUUUCCAGUGCUCAAAUACCAUCUUCUGCCCUUUACUUGGGGUGGCGGCACUACAGAGGCGUUAUGUCCUAUGAAAAUGAGGACAUAAAAGUCAUGAAAGCUUCAGGCAAUUGUUCUGGUGGAUUUUCCUGUUCGCACAUGUAUGCCUCCUCUGUCAGAGUGAAGAAGCCAGGCUCACAUGUCAGACAGCCACACUGGUUGCAGAUAUACCUGCUCGUUGUCCUGCUGGCAGGUCACGCUUGUAAUCAGACCUCUGCUGCUCAUUCCACUCCUUCACUUCCUGCAACAACUGCACAGACCUCAGUCUACUACUUUGUGGAUGUCACUGUGGAUGUGACUGGACAGAAGAAGAAUGAAUCAGAAAUUACAUCCUGGCUUCGCCAAGUUUUCCAAAACAAGUUGGAGAACUGCGUGUCUUCAAACCAUGAAAAAACAACUGCUGCACCCACCUCUCUCCAAACUACAUCUGCAAACACUUCAUAUGAGACAACACCAUUAGAAAGCAACACCACAACCACAGCACCAAUAACGUUAAAGACAAACACCACAACUACAAACACAACGUUACAGAGUGACAUCACAAGCACAACGGCAGCCACAACAAUGUUACAAAGCCACGUCACAACUACACCUGCAGCCACGACAAUGUUACAAAGCCACAUCACAACCACACCUGCCGCCACGACAAUGUUACAAAGCCACGUCACAACUACACCUGCACCCACCGCAGUGUUACAAAGCCACAUCACAACCACACUUGCACCCACCGCAGUGUUACAAAGCCACAUCACAACCACACCUGCACCCACCGCAGUGUUACAAAGCCACAUCACAACCACACCUGCAGCCACCGCAGUGUUACAAAGCCACAUCACAACCACACCUGCAGCCACCGCAGUGUUACAAAGCCACAUCACAACCACACCUGCAGCCACCGCAGUGUUACAAAGCCACAUCACAACCACACCUGCACCCACCACACCGUUACAAAGCUACAUCACAACCACAGCUACAACAAAUCACAUUACCACAGACGAUGUAACACAGAGCAACAACUGGAAUAACUCUUCACCUAAUGGCAGCAGGAUCAGAGCCGGCAAGCAGCGCCUUCCUCAUCAAAUUGGUGUCACUUUGGCACAAACACUGACCAGUGAGAGCAGUAACAGUAACACAACUGGCCUAUUUCAAGGAAUUGAAGUUUCAUGCGCCAUGAAGACUGCAAUAAAGAAGACCAACUGCACUGUGACACUGAGGCUGAGGCAGCGCAUACCUCCAUGUUGUAUCCUCCGUACUCUCUGUGCAGCCAGUAACACUUUGUCUAACAUCUCUGUGGUGGGAAAAAGAGCAAAUAGAUUGAAUUCUCUACAAAAUAAGUGCGACAGCAAUCCCCAAGAGGCAAAGAUUUGCAGUUACACUGGAAAAGACAAUGCAUCAUGUGAAGAGUCAUAUGUGGCAUCUAAAUACAACACAACUAACUGUGGUCCAGAAAAGGAGAAAAACAACUGCAGCUGCUCUGCUUACUGCAAUGGGACUGAUGCAUACUACACUUUUCGCGUUGAAAUACAAAAUCCCAAGAUAGACAUGUCAUACCUCCUGUCCAUGAUAUCUCAGUUGAAACAUCCACUAACCUGCCCUCCAAGUAGAGGUGUUCCAUGUCCUUUGCCCAGCAUUGCGUCUGAAUACAAGGAUGCCAAAGGGAGCUGUGGAAAUACCGACACAAUUUGCAGAGUGAUUUUAAGCUUUGCUCAUGAGGUUCCUAUCUGUAACGUGUCAGCAGCUGUGAUGAUUGUGCUUCAGUCUGUGAAAGGCAUUCGUUAUGAUGGACCAGUGACUCGAGCAGCGAUUUGUGGAAAUUCAGUUGGCGGGAAUCCACUGAAUUCCCUGGUCACAUGGUCUAACACUAACCUUAAGCCCUCAGACUUCUGCAUGGUAAUACAAGAAACUCAAAUCCUCCAAUGUAAUGGAGGAAAUGUGCUUCUGCAGCUGGACGAGCAAUGUGUUCAGAAGCCAGUCACUACACCCAGUCCAAAAGUGACAACCAUGCAACCAGACACCACCAACUCGUCUGUAAAUGUAACUUCACCCCCACUGAACACGACAACUGGAGCCCUGAACGCCACCACUACUGUCUCCACUCUUGUCUCCACUAAUGUCUCCACUAAUGUCUCCACUACUGCCUCCACUAAUGUCUCCACUACUGCCUCCACUACUGCCUCCACUACUGUCUCCACUAAUGUCUCCACUACUGUCUCCACUAAUGUCUCCACUACUGUCUCCACUAAUGUCUCUACUAAUGUUGCCACUACUGCUGCUAAUGUCGCUAAUGUCACAGUGACAGCAACAGCAACACUCAACACAACUACUGGAAAUGAAUCAGUUUCUGUUAUCCCUUCAGAGAGACCAACAACCAAUCAAACAGCUGAAAGCAGUGAGAGCCAAGCCAACGCGCUGCUUGAGCGGACAACAAAUGUGUCCAAACUGAACUCCAGUCAGGUGGAUCAGCUGGUAUCACAGCUGGAGAAUCUUUUGGCGGGCCCCAACAUCAGCCUGGCUCUGGGAAACACUUCCAUCAACAUCGUCAGCAAUCUGCUGGGCGCUACUCCUGAAACGCUGGCCGCCUCCUCCAACAGGAUCAUAGGGAUUGUUGAUACAGUGGGACUGAAGCUGCUCCUUGAAGAAACAACUGAGACACUCUUGUCGCCGGCUGUAGCUCUUUCUGUGAAAGCAGCAGAUGGCAGUAAUUUCCAAGAAACAUUUUUUUCCAUCUCAGAUCCCAGUGAUGUGCAGGUCCGCGGGGAUCCGAGGCACAGGAGGAGUGCGAGAAAAGACUCCUCGAUCCCACAGGGCUCCAUCAGGCUGCCCCCCUCUCUCACACAGGACCUAACCUCCGAGGAGCAGCAGCUGGCCUCCAGAGUCCAGUUCAACUUCUACCAGAAAAGCACAGUGUUCCAGGACAGAUCUCUGGGAAUACGCAAACUUAAUAGUGGGAUCCUGGGAGCGAGUGUGGCCAACCUGUCGAUCACAGGACUACAGGACGAUGUUAUAAUUCACCUGAGGAACACAGAGCCUGUUCCAGCUAAUUUUGUGGCUACGUGUGUUUUCUGGGACUUUACAUUAAAUAAGGGAUCAGGUGGUUGGAAUCCAAACGGCUGCUCUGUCCGAAACAGCACAGAUAAUGAGACCGUUUGUGGCUGCAACCAUCUAACCAGUUUUGCCAUCCUGCUGGACCUCUCCAGACAGCCCGUAACCAGUCGUAUCCAGGCCACCAUCCUGACCUUCAUCACAUAUAUUGGCUGUGGAAUCUCUGCCAUCUUCCUGUCCAUCACCCUCCUCACCUACUUGGCCUUCGGGAAGUUGCGUAAGGACAUUCCAUCCAAAAUCCUGAUCCAGCUGUGCCUGGCUCUGCUGAUGCUGAACCUGGUCUUCCUGGUAGAUGCAUGGCUGGCACUCUACCCAGAUGCUGUGGGCCUCUGCAUCUCCACUGCCUGGUUCCUUCACUACUUCCUCCUAGUUUCCUUCACCUGGAUGGGACUCGAGGCCAUCCACAUGUACCUGGCCCUUGUGAAGGUUUUCAACAGCUACAUAUCACGCUACAUGCUGAAGUUCUCGCUGGUCGGCUGGGGCGUCCCGAUGAUCGUGGUCAUUAUUGUCAUUGCGAUUGACAAGAAUAACUACGGUCUUGUCUCCUAUGGGAAGUUUGAUGACGGCACUUCUGAUACCUUCUGCUGGCUGAAAAAUGACAAUGCCUUCUACGUGGCAGUGGUGGCCUAUUUCUGUGUCAUUUUUCUGUUCAACUUCAGCAUUUUCAUUGUGGUGUUGGUCCAGCUGUGUCGGUUAAAGAAGCAGAACCCUCACAACGUGCAGCACCGCACCACUCUGCAGGAUGUGCGCAGCGUGGCGGGGAUAACUAUCCUCCUGGGCCUCACUUGGGGUUUUGCCUUUUUUGCCUGGGGGCCCCUUAACCUGCCAUUCAUGUACCUCUUUGCCAUCUUUAACUCCUUUCAAGGUUUCUUUAUAUUUGUGCUACACUGUGCGGUGAAGGAAAAUGUGCGGAGGCAAUGGAGGACCUACUUGUGCUGUGGCAGAAUGAGACUAGCAGAGAACUCAGAGUGGAGUCGUACUGCAACACAGAAGACUGUGAAGAAGGCAUCAGUGACCAGACUCACAUCUCUUCAAUCGUCAAAGUCCUCCCAGUUCAACAACUCAUCCAGCUCUUCCUCCUUCCUUGUCAGUGACUCUUCAGAGCAGUUUCACGGCAUCGGUAGCCCUUUUGAAGACAGAGCAAUCACCGCUGAUGAAGACCACAACAGGGAUGUGAUCCUCAACGAGAUCAACAGGCAGCACAGACACCAAUCAGCACCCUGAUCUAAACAAAAAAAAGGAACAGACUGUUUAAUGGCUGUUACUUUAAAUUUUUUGUAUAUAAUGUAAAUGACUAGAGAGUAAUUUAUGGACUGUUUAUGUACUUCAAUACAUUUGCUACUGAUUUUGAACGAAAAACUUUAUUUACAAAUAACAUAAGGUUACAGUUUUUCAAUGAAAUAAAAAUUGUGAGUCUGCUUGCAGACAUAGAUGACCAUU